UCGAGACAUGGCGACCAGUUGACCAUCAGCUGAUGACAGCUUCCAACACCAGUCCUUGACGGCCCUCUCCUGCCCCUCGCAUCUGUCGCUACACCUGUCGCUACACCUGUCGCUACACCUGUCGCUACACCUGCCGCUAUACCUGUCGUUACACCGGCCGCUACACCAUGUCCACCACACUACUCAUCCCUCAGGAUGGAGGACAAGCAGAGAAGGGAGGGAUUGUCAACGACUUCAUGUAUGGGUCCAAUGUGGCCACCAGUCACAUCUACAUACGCAUGGGGUUUCUACGCAAAGUGUAUGGACUGCUGUCAGUGCAGCUGUUAGUUACUACAGUUGUGGCGGCAGCAUUUGCUUACACUCCAGUUCUUCGUGAAGCCAUUCAUGCCAACCCAUGGAUGCUUAUAAUGUGCCUACCUCUUGCCAUUGGACUCCUGAUUGCUCUCCAUGUGAAGAGACAUCAUGUGCCCAUCAACUUCAUGUUACUGGCGGCAUUUACUGUGAUUGAGGCCAUCACUGUGGGAGUCGCAGUGAGUAUGUACGAUGCAGAAGUGGUUGUGAAGGCAUUCUCUCUGACCUUGAUCAUCACAGGUGGUCUUACUGCUUACACUUUCCAAACUAAGAGAGACUUCACAAACAUGGGAGCUGGACUGGUUAUUGGACUGCUUGUGAUGAUUGGUGUGGGUGUAAUGAAUAUGUUCUUGGGCAGCAGUGGUCUGGAACUGGCACUAGCUGGUGGCUCCGCUCUCAUCUUCUGUCUCUUCAUAGUAUAUGACACACAGAUGAUGAUGCUGAAGCUUUCACCAGAAGAGUACAUUCUGGCCACAAUUAAUCUCUACCUGGAUAUUCUUAACCUGUUCCUUGAGCUACUUCGCAUUUUUGGUGAUCGAAAGGGCUAAAUUUAAAAGCAUACCAAAUCAUGGUUGUGUGAAUUAGAUAUAAAAAUAAAAUAGGUUGAAAACAAGAACUGUUUAACUAGCUAGGACACUUGAAAAUUUGUACAUGAAUAUUUAAACCCCAAUUAAUUGUGUUGACAUACUGCAAAUGUCUGAGUGCAGCCUUGCACAUGCAAUCCCAAACUCUAUCUUCCUAUCAUUCCUGAUUUUAUCUUAAUGUAUUCACUCAAAUGGUUUCUGCUUUAAUGGUUCUCGUCACCUAUAUACCCGACCUCACUAUUCUAUCUUAAAGUAGCUACAUUCAUCAUAUAGCUAUUGUACUCGGUGGAAACCUGUACAGCAAAGUGCCUCGUGCACAAUAUUUCACGCGAUAGAUCAUUACUCGUCUGCUCUUAUACAAGCGGCUCGCUUCCAUCAAACAGUAGAUUGUUCAAAAUUCAAUCUUCCCUUCAUACACAUGUAGCACAUUUAUAAGAUAUGAAUAGACAAUAAGUUAAGCACAGAGGACAAAUUGCAAAAAAUUUGUUCCAAUAUUAUGGCUUCCUCGGAAUACCAUAGCAGGGAAUGGGUACAGUUGGUUUUGUGUGGCUUCAGCCACUGGUGUACCAGUGAGACUGACCAACAUUGGUAUUUUCUAAAGGAGACUGCAAUCUCUGCUCUGUACUUGUACUUAGUGUCUCCCAACAUGCAGCACAUUUCUUUAUCCGGUUUACCUAUUGUUCUUACUACUUGCCACUCAUUAACUACUACUAAUUCAAUUUUUAAAGUACUUUCAUCUAAUACUUUCUAUUCUUUCUAUUGUACAGUGAUAAGAUUAUUGAGUUUAUCCGUAGAGAAACUUUCUGCAUAUUCAAGGUUUUUAAUAUGAAUGUAGUACUGUAUGUACAGUUUUCUUCAUUGUGUUUUCCGUUAUGCUUUUUUGCCAUUUAGUAUAAUAUAUUAUUUUUCAUUACUUUGCAAUAGGCCUAUGUAAUGGUAUACAUCUAUAACCAUUGAUGUUGGAACUUCAAAAGAAUCUGGGUUACUGACUUUUUUACAUAUGAACUGCACAAUUUACAUAUGAAUUGUCAUUAGAAUUACUGUAUAUUCAUAAUAUUGAUUUUAUCAUCGGGUAGAAGAUUUUAUUUCUACAAAAUUUCCUAUCACGCUCCAAGUUAUCUUAUUAGUUUCUUUAUAUUCUCAUGUUUGAAUCAUGUAUUAACAAAUGGAGAUCUGGGUAACAACAUAGGUUUUGCAUCUAUUUGUAAUGAAUUUUAUUGCUAAAUAAAUUGCCUAAGUAAUAUGUAGCAAAUGACCUUUAACUUCAUUGUCGGGGGACAGGCAGCCAAUUUAUACAUACAGUACAAUACAUUUUAGGCUUUUAUCGAGGUCCCCGCCCUUCCCCAUGGUCGAAUUACUGACAUCCCCCCGGGAUGCAAACCCACAAGAAGCUGAUCAACUCCUGGGUACUUACUACUUGGUGGACAGGGGCAUUAGGUGAUAGAAAGCGCGUCCAAUCAUUUCUGUCCGAACCCGGAAUUCUCAUUUGCGAGUUUAGAAUGAACCCAACUGCCCUACUGGGACCCUUACAGUAAAUGGAACUACAAACUCCUAUCUUAGCCAGAAAUCUGAAAAUAUAGGCAAAGUUUUGUAUGGUUCUACAUUAUGUACAGUGCACCUACAAUUUGCAUAUAUGUACUGGGUGUGCAAAAAUAUUUUACUAAAUAGUAAAAGUAUAAAAAGACAAAUGUUACUGCACUGUACAUAGAGAAUCUAAUUUCAGACACUAUCUUAAAUGUAGACACUAUAUAGACAUUUAAGGUUCUCUCAGAUAUAUGGUGGAUGGGUUUAGAAUUAAAUCUAAUUUUAAGAUUUUUUUUGUUAAGAUUGAGAACCCUUUGUCAGCACUUAAAGCAUUAUCUCACAUAGUAUUGACAUUCUUUACAGUUACUCUGAUAUAUUGCUGGCUUUUCCAAUCCAUUUGAACCUUGUAUAUACUGUCAAACAAUUCCAGCACAAAAGUGUUUCAGUAAAGGGAACCAAAAUGUUUAGGUCUAUGGUGGUUUGUCAUGAAUGUGUGAAUGGCAGAGUUUAGCUCUGGCUGGCUCAUUCAUACCCAACAUGGCAUCUCUAAGCUUUGCCCAUAUAUUUUAAGAGUUACUGCAUCAUUUAGAUGCAAAUGGAAUAGUUGAAGAAAUGAAGUUCAGAAAUUUGAAGAGCAGGUGAUGUAUUUUAGUGGUAUUGGACGGAUUACUGGUACAGUGCAUGAAUAUUCAGACCACUAGUGUCAAGCUAUUCAGUACCAUUUUUUCCCUGAUUAGUUCUGACAAUUAUUUUACAUUCACCUACCCAGUUACUGCUGGGUGCACAGGAACAAACUAUGCACAAAUCUUCUACUUGCUCAGGGUUUAACAUAAGAUAUAUUAACCAUGGUCACUAAUAUUAAUCAGAAAAUGUGUGCUCUUCAAAAUACUGUACAGCCUUAAUCAGUCAGGGGAAUUCAAGUGUUUUCCGUGUAUCCUCCCUGGAUAUAGGCUUCUGCUGCACAGUAUAGUAUUCAGACGAGGAGCCACAAUAACGUGGCUGAAAUAUGUUGACCAAACCACACACUAGAAAGUGAAGGGACGACGACGUUUUGGUCCAUCCUGGAUCAUUCUCAAGUCGAUUGUCACAAUCAACUUGAGAAUGGUCCAGAACAGACCGAAACGUCGUCGUCCCUUCACUUUCUAGUGUGUGGUUUUGUCAACGUAUAGUAUUCUGCUUGCAAUACUGGGUCCUGGAUUCGAUUCCCUAGUAGGAUGCGAUAAUUGGAUUCAUUUUCUUGCAUCUGAUGCCUCCAUUCACCUAAAAAUAAAGAGGGCCUGGGAAUUUGUUGAACAUUGUGAAUUACAUCCUGGGGAAUGGCCAAGCAUAUGCUAUGGGGAUCUGAAUAACCCUAAGAGGUUGCGUGUGUCGGACAAUGGGAGACCAGAUACAGUACCACACCACAGUAUAUAUUCACACUAAAUACUGAAACUAAAAAUUUAUAAUAUUGUACAUGCUCUCAGUGACUUCUUAUAUAAAUGUGGUGACUAAACCACAUAUCAGAAAAUGGAGAAACGAUGACAUUACAUGACUCGUUUCAGUCUGUCCUGGACCAUUAUCGAGUCAUGUAUUGUCAUCGUUUCUCCUUUUACUGAAGUGUGGUUUGGUCAUCGUAUCUUGAGCCAUGUUAUUGUGACAACUUUGUCUGCAUUUGUAUAAGUGUGCUACCAUGGGUUCAGGCGUUUCUCCAUAUAAGAUCUCAGAAUGAUGUCUUGGGAAUGGAGGUGUUCAUUGGGAAAGGAAGUGGAAGCCAAGAUAAAGAUUCUGAAGGUCAAGAACUAUAUGGAAGAAACUGUUCUUAAAUUCGAGCUAUCUUAGCAGCCCUACCAAAGUCUGAAAUGUUAAUUAUUUCAAGGCUUCUGUUUUAAAUUCUUUCAAAAUGUGUGUACACUAGAAAUUCAUCAUACGGUAUAACAAAAACUGAGGUCAGGUACUGUAUUUACUUUGUGAAAUUGGAAAGUGCUUGUUCAUCUCUUCCUCCUGUGUUUGCCUGUACCACUCCCCAGCCUUGACAACCAAGGCACUUUUACCUUUCACAUUUGUGUAUCACUGUCACUUUGAGCAUAACAGGCAAAGACCUUAUAUUUAGCCUUAAAAAUAGAAAACAAAAAUAAAUGCUAUUUCCUCAUUUUAAAUUUAGUGCACAUAACAAUCUAGGUAUGGCACAUUCCCUUAUAAGCUUUCUGCUCAAAAUCACUUAACAUGUUUCUGCUUGGAUGUACUGCUAUUUUUUUUUUUUUUUUUUUUUUUAUGAUGCCUUGUCUGAAACAUUAUCUGAUUUGUUUAGAUCAUGGUGACAGGAUGUUAUGUAUUAUAGGAAAAUGGUGCAUGUGAAGGGAGAUGCUCUCCAGUGGCCACAGUUGGGUUGGGGUGAAGCACUCUGUGGUGUUCUCAAAAUAGGGGUUGGGCCAGGCCAAGAUUGUAUAGCCAAGUUGGACAGCUGGAUAGUAUCUAUAUAUAUACUUUGAUAAAGAUGUUCAAAAGGUGACGGUCACCAUUUUCUUCACCUCCAUUCUCCCCUUUCAAUAAAAACUAUUUUCCCGUUGUUUUUUCUCUCUCUUACCUUCAGGGUUUAUGUGUAUCUUUCGUGUUGCUUGCAGCUGCUUGGCGAGAGCAAGCCUAAUUCUUUUUGCAAAUUUAUUACUUAGUACAGUAUUAGCCAACUUAAUGGCUUCAGGUUAGUGAUAUCCAAAAUUGUGUAAUGUGUUUAUGUAAAUUUUUCUGGCAUACUUUCGAGAUUCUGCCCCUUAAAAUUUUAUGUACAUUGUAAGGAAGAAGUUAAACUUGCAUUCCCCAUUUCUAAUUUGAUACUAUAUGGUGUAUUUUUCUCCCUGUAUUACCCAAGAAAUCAAUCUUCAUAUUGAUCUUUAAUCUCAGCAAGGACAACCUUAUUACCAUGUAUUGCCUGCAGAAUUACUAUAAAUACAAAUGACCAUAUUACCUCUCACUAAAAGGUUGCUGUUUUAGUUUCACAACACACUUGCUCAAGACCACAAUUAUCUUAUGCAUUACAGUAUAUUAGUAAAUACAGUUAAUUACUGAGAAAGUUGUAUAAAAUGUAAAAAUUUGUAGAUAUAUUUCAGCAAGCUUAAUAUUUUUUUCAAAACUACUCGGUAUUUUUGCACUGUUAAUACUGUAUAUGUAAAUAAUGAUAUUGUUGUCCGAGAUCCUCAUUUCAACACUGAUAGAGGUAUACUGUGUAACUGCCACAAGAAGUACUGUAGAUACAUUUGUAUUGGAUCUACAGGAGUGGGUAAAAUGGAUGUAAUACUACAAUGAGCAUACAAAGCUGAGGUUGUUACCCAGUGGUCUUGAGAGCAGGUGCUCUUAUCUGUGAAACUUGCACGUGACACACACACCUUCCAGAGCAACACGAGAAGAUACCUAACACUGGUAUUCACAAGUUUAGUAGUUUUCCCCAUUUAGUUUUCACUGCAUAACUUUAUUCUUUGAUGAAUUGUUUUCUUAAUGAAUAAGAAUUAUAUUGUUCUGUUAUGGAAAUAUAAGUAGUGAAAAGGCCUUUAUUUUCAGAUUUAUCUGCAUUCUUACAAAGUUGCUGGUAAUCACAGUACUUAACAUUGUCAUUAAUCAUAUUUAACAUGUUAUUUUGUAUAAAUAGUGUGUUUUUAAAUAUUUUUAAAGAUGCUGCAAUAUUGUAACAUGGUGUCUAAUGUUACGUUACUGUGACCACAAAUAAUAAAAGAUUAUACAGAUAUUUGAAUGUGAGAUUUUUAUUUUUUAAAUCAAAUAUAUGUUGUAAAAAAUU